UAAUCCGCUUAGUGGCAUGUUGGCGUUUUUGACGUCACGUGUCCGUGACGUACACGUAUCCGUGUGAAGAUGGCGGAAGUAGAGGAGUCUAGCAAGCCUUUGUUUGCGGGUUUGUCUGACAUCUCCAUCUCGGAGGACAUUCCAGUGGAGGGAGAUAUAUCUGUGCCGGUGGGCUCACAGAGUGCAGACAAUGAUUUCUCCACCCUGGAUGAGCCUGUCAAAGACACUAUUCUGAGGGAUCUGAGAGCCGUUGGACAGAAGUUUGUCCAUGUGAUGUACCCCAAGAAAAGUUCUGCACUGCUCAGAGACUGGGACUUAUGGGGCCCUCUCCUCCUCUGUGUCACUCUGGCCUUAAUGCUGCAGGGUGGGUCUGUUGACAGUGAGGAGGAUGGCAGGCCACAGUUUGCAGAAGUCUUUGUCAUCAUCUGGUUCGGUUCGGUAAUCAUCACUCUCAAUACCAAACUUCUGGGAGGAACUAUAUCAUUUUUCCAGAGUCUUUGUGUGUUGGGGUACUGUAUUCUGCCUCUGACUGUGGCCAUGAUAGUGUGUCGUAUAGUUCUCGUGGGAGGCUCAGGCCUCGUCAGUUUUGUAGUCCGUCUCAUAGUUGUCACCGCCUCCUUCAGCUGGUCAACGUUUGCCUCCACAGCAUUUCUCGCAGACAGCCAACCGCCCAAUAGGAAGGCCCUGGUCGUGUAUCCAGUGUUCCUUUUCUACUUCGUGAUUGGCUGGAUGAUUUUGACAUUUUCGCCUUCUCAUUAGCAUAUAUAAACCCUAUGCCAAUCGGAAGAUAAACUCCUCCCCUUUGCUAAGACAACCAGCAGACUUUCUGGGAGCUGGCUAGAGUUGGCCUAGCCCAAAAAAAAAAGUGUAACACUUUGAUGGACAUAUUUAUAAAGGGACAACCCGAGGGCAGUAAGUGGAUUAUUGCAUAGAUAUUGCUCCUCCCCAUCCCUCAUUCAGUUGAAUAAGUGGAGAGAAAAGAAGUGGAGGACAUUAAUUCUUCAGUGCUACUAAUUUAACAACAGCCUACAUGUAUUCAUUGUAAGAAUGUUUUGUUGUGUGAGGAACAUUAGUGCUAGUGUUCCAGAUUCUCGCACCCCGAACGUGGAGGUGUAUGAUGAUCUGUGUGUGUGUUCAUGUGUGGGUGCGCUUGCUCAUGCAUAGUAUGUGACUAUGUGAGGGUGCAUGUAUUUCUUAUUGUCUGAUUGAGUAUUAUCUCCGUUGGAAAAAAAUCAGCUAUCAUCAGGUCACACAUCAGUUACUAUACACAUUGCUGCACGCGUUUCUUUUCUUAGUUUUUUUUUUUUUUUCUAAAUGAUGUUUGGGCUACAUUGCAUUUAUUUCUCAUCGGUGGAAGUUAAUACAUUCCAAAGGUAAAUAAAGAUGGACUUUAAUAAGCGCUGCUUA